AUGAGCGGCCCAUCCCCGGCGACGGCAUUCCCAGCGGCCACGGCGCCCUCGGACGACGAAGUGUCCUCCUCGGCCUCACUGACGCGACGGCCGCGGAUAGGGCGCGGACGGCAACGGGCGCUGACGCUGCAGACCACCGCGUCCUCGGCCAGGCGGGAGCGCGGGAAGAGCGUGGGCGCCGGUGUGCCGCAACUGCUGGACAGCGCGGAGGGGCCGGCGCCGGACCGGCCUCCGCGAUCGCCGCUGCGGACGACGGCGGGCUCUGCCUUCUUUGAGAAGUUCAGCUCGAGCGCGGGCGGGGAUAAUAGCUCGACGACGCCGCUGGCGAGCGUCGUGGGACACAGCCAGGAGACGGCGGAGGAGGACGUGCGCGAGCGGCGGCGAAGAAAGCGCGGGUCGAGCGUGCCCAGGGACGCAUACCGCCUCUCCUACCUCUCCUCCGCCAGCAGCCCCACAGACGCCAUAUUCGGCAUGCAGACGGCCGCCAACUUUGCCUCGCUCAGAGAGGCGCGCCAGAGACUGCGCGAGUCGUACAUCACAGCGACCAGCAGCUCCCUCUACCCGCCCUCCUCGUCGACGGACAGCCCGCCCUCGCCGCGGUCCAUCGCAGACUCGCUCUCCGCCCAGCAGCUGAUGCAGCCCGUCGCCGUGGCGGACAGCUCGGAGGACUUUGAUCCGGACAGCGUCGACGAGCGUCUAAAGCUGCUGCUCUCCAACCAGUACUUCCUCCCGCCCGCACACGCCAAGCCCGCCCUGCCCUCGCCCUCUCUGCCCGCCCAGCCGCCAAAACCGGGCCUGUUCGCCGGCAUCUUCCGGCCGCGGUCGAAGAGCAAGUCGAGCGGCAGUUCGCCCGCCGCGCCCGCCUCUCCAGCCGAGGUAAUGCCGCUCCCCGCCCUCCGCACAACGGGCGAGAACACCAGCGGGCCUCUCCCGCCCAGACCGUGGACGGCGCCCUCGCGUGGCGGCACUCCUCCGCGGUCUCCUCUUCUGGCUCGUGCGCCCGUCAAUCGAGUUGCCGUGGUGAAAGAAACGCUCGACGACCUGUCCCUGGCCGCACAGGCCGCCGAACGCGAUCUACACUCGACCGGUGCCUCGCCCGUGACACCACCGCCAGACAGCGCUGUCAUCGACCCGACAGAUGCGGUAGACCUCCCGCCCCGCCAAGCUGCCCCAUCUGUGUUCGAUCUCGGCCUCCAGGCAUCAAAUCUCGCCGGCUUGGGUGUCGACCAAUCUCUCGGUGCUGCUGUUCUCGCAGACCGUCUCGUCCCGCCUGGUACACCCGGUCUCUGGAGUCUCGAUCCCGACGAAGAAGCCUGGCGCUCCGAUCUACUCAGCAAAGCCGUCUCGCAUUCUCUGAACAGUACACCUGCACCCAGCACCGGUCUUCGCAGCCGUACAACCAGCAGCAACCUCAUGAGCUUGAACAGCACUCCAGCUGUCUCGCGACGCAUCAUGCAACCAGAGCGCCUGCAGGAUCUGGCAGAAACUGGCGUACCGAUUCCACCGCCUCUGCGCACACGGGCUUCAGCGCCAGACACACGCGCACACUACAACCGCGGUGCACCUCAGACAAAAGGUCGUAAAGGCGUCGUCCCCGUUGUGCCUUUGCGCGCAGAUAGCCCACAACAGCCGCAUACGCCGCUCGCGCCUCCUCCCAAACUCAAAUCGGCUAUGCGCGCGCCUUCGCCAUCGCCAUCCACGCGCUCAGCACAGAGUACCCGUUCGGCGUAUACAGCAAAAACGACUCGUUCGACGCCAGCGCUGAGCAUGCGUCGUGCAUCAAGCUCACCGCACAUGCACGAGCAAUACGCGUAUACGGGCCCACCAGCUCUGACACCUCCACCGCUCAUACCCUCGUCAUCCGCUGCGCACGUCCCCAAACACAGCCUAGACUCCGCACACACAAAGUCCUCGACGUCCGCCUCCUACGCCGAAAUGCCAAUGUCACCUCCACCCGAAAGCGCCUACGGCGGCCUCAUGAGUCCCACCAUGAGCCCAACAACCGCCAGCUUCUCCCACUCGCACAUGCCGCACCCGAGCUCUGGCACGACCGGCACAUUCGAGAGCGGGCGCGGCCGCAGUCACUCUGACCACGCCAGUACGAGCGCGUACAGCCAGCCGAGCCCCACACGCAGCGCAUUCCGCGACGGCCGACGGUCAACGUCCUCGCUCUCGCAUUCGUCGCGCGCAGAGUCGCAGUCGUCGUUCCUCGAGCUGAGCGACGAGCCGGAUAACAUGUAUCCCCCACCUGUGCCGCCUUUACCAAUACCUCGGGUCCACGAGACGCCUCCGCCGCGCGUUUCGUCUUCGCUCGGUGCACCGACACCUCUAACACCCGCCCCGCGUUCGCCCCGAAAACCCGCCGUGAAGCGUCUACAGACAGCACCGACGCCUCUAAUGCCGACGCUCUCCGUCGCACCCUCCAGCCCGAACCCCUCCCUCUCCUCCUCAGACCCAGGCCACGCCCACGGCACGCCCUUCGUCUCCGCGCUCGACCUCAACGCGCCCCGCCUCUCCCCAAGUCCCAGUCCAAACCGCAGCCCGCGCGCCAGUCCGCACCCACCACCCCGCGACCUGCGCAUCCCCUCCCCCGCGCGCGGCCGCCCGACCACAUCCUCCUCCCUCCCCGCCCCGGCACCUCCACGAGUCUCAACAUCCUCCCUGUCCUCCUCAGCCUCCACAUCCUACCUCUCCUCGCCCUCCUCGCGCUCCCACUCCCGCCACCGGCGCCACGCACGCACAACGGGCCUCUCGGCACAGCUCCAAGUGCCCGGCGCGACCAUCGCGCGCGCGCUCGCGUCCGGGCCGGCGCCGGGCGGGGACAGCAUCGGCUUCUUCGACGCCGUUCAGAGCGCCGCAGCUUUGGGCGGGUACGAUGUCGAAGCAUGGGACGACGACGACGACGACUCCCAUGCGAUCAGCGGACGGCGGAGCGCGUCGAGCGCGAGCACGUCCGACUACGGCUCUGUCACUGGCUGGCGCACGCCCGACCCGCACCCCCACUCCAAUCCACACGCGCACGCGCACCAUCCACCGCCGCCUUCGUCGUAUCACUCUUCCCCGCAAUCGCUGCGCGCGUACCCGCCGCCGAGCAUCCAGGGCGGCGCGAGCCUCGGCGGGCGGUUCAGCGCGAGCACGGACAGCCUGCAUUCUGUCGUGCCGAGUAUACCGGAGAGCCAUCGGAUGCCGGUUGGGAAUACGCCGCCGCGGAAGGGGAUCAAGGGCGGUCGGGGUAUCGGUGGAGGGAGUACGCCGGGCGCUGGUGUGGGUGGUGGACUCGUCGCAGCGCUCAGCGGUGUAUCGGCCGCCGCGCCCACGCCGCCUUCCCCGGGUGUCGCGUCGUCCGAUGACGGGCACGGCUCGACGGACUCGCACUCGCAGUCGCAGGCGCAGGGGUCGCAGGGCAAAGGCGUGGGGCGCACGCCGAGCAUGCUGAGGCUGGACGGGAUGCUGGUGCGGCAUAUGGCCGCGGAGAGGGAGGCGAUGAGCCGGAUCGCGGCUAGUACGCGGACGCGGAGCCGGAGUCGGGGGAGGAGCGUGCGGAGCGAGAGCUAA